AUGCCGGUCCUCGCCGACCAAGUGUACGCGCUCGGCGAGUCACUCUACGAGCUCAUAUAUUCAGAGGCGCAGUGCGACGAUCCCGCCAAGGUCACUGGCAUGCUGCUGCAGCUCGACGCGGACGCGGUGCGCUCUCUCAUCGCCUCUCCCGAGCGCCGCUCCACGAUGGUUGCCGAGGCGGUAGCAGUGCUCAAGGCAGCAACAGCUUCGCACGACAACCCAUCCUCGGACUGCUAUCGCAGCAGCCAUGGAUCCUCCAAGCCCAAGCGCGAGCAGCGCAGCGGCUCCGACGAAGCGACUCCACGUCGGCCCGAGGGCCUCACCGUGUCACCUGCCCCCGCACAUGGGGGCGCCUCCACCUCUGCUCCGGGGGUGAUUCAGCUCGAGGCGGCCCCGGCUGAAGGCGGAGAGACGGUGUCUGACACCGCGGUGGCCGCUCGUGCGGCGAGGUGUGGCUCGCAAGCCCCUGCAAACGGCUCCUCGACUGGCGCGCUUGCGAGCGGCCCCCUUCCCUUGCGCGAGGCGUUGCGGCGUGCGCAGGGCCUGGAGCGAGAGGUGAGGCGCGAGGUGGAGAGGUACGCCCUUGGCGAGGAUAACCUCAAGAGGCUCGUGGAGGAGCGGGGAGGCACCUUUCGCGCCGCAGUGGCGCGCGCAGUCGUUGACAAGAUCGCAGAGUUCAUCCUGGUGGCCAAGAGGAGGCGUCGCGACAAGAGCUACGCGCUGCGCGCGACGGCGGAGGUCUCGGCCAAGGAGGCGUGCGCCAACCUGGAGACGCUGCGCAAGAACUUGCGCAAGCAGGCCGAGGGGAGGCGCUGGAAGUAG